AGGCAGAGCGCACCAACCUCUCCACGUUCGGGAGCGCAAAGGAAAAGAUGCCCUAAACGUGAAGCUUCACAGACAUCUACAGCAGAUUAUUACGAGAAGAAAGUAUUCAGCAUCGCUAUUUAUACACAAAACGCCUCGCCAAACGCCGAUGUCUCCAUGAGUCUCUCCGGGAAACUAACAAACAUCCUUCUGCUGGUGAUCCUCGCUGCGCAAGGCUGUUUUUCAUCUAAGGCAGAGGACAGAUUAUUUCGAAGGUUAUUCCGAAGGUACAACCAGUUCAUCCGACCAGUGGAGAAUGUAUCGGAUCCAGUUACUGUGGAGUUUGAGGUGUCCAUAUCUCAGCUUGUCAAAGUGGAUGAGGUGAAUCAAAUAAUGGAAACCAACCUGUGGCUGAGACACGUGUGGAACGACUACAAAUUGAGAUGGACCCCCUCUGAGUUUGAUGGGAUUGAGUUCAUACGUGUUCCAUCCAACAAGAUUUGGAGGCCAGACAUAGUCUUGUACAACAAUGCUGUAGGUGAUUUCCUUGUAGAAGACAAGACCAAGGCUCUGCUAAAGUUUGAUGGAACGAUCACUUGGAUUCCUCCAGCUAUUUUCAAAUCCUCCUGCCCCAUGGACAUCACCUACUUCCCCUUUGACUACCAGAACUGCUCCAUGAAGUUUGGCUCCUGGACGUAUGACAAGGCCAAGAUUGACCUGGUGCUCAUUGGCUCUAAGGUGAACCUAAAAGAUUUCUGGGAAAGUGGAGAGUGGGAGAUCAUUGACGCACCAGGAUACAAGCAUGACAUCAAGUAUAACUGCUGUGAAGAGAUCUACCCUGACAUCACGUACUCCUUCUACAUCCGUCGCCUGCCUCUCUUCUACACCAUCAACCUCAUCAUCCCCUGCCUCCUCAUUUCGUUUCUCACAGUGCUGGUCUUCUACCUGCCAUCUGACUGUGGAGAGAAAGUUACCCUGUGUAUCUCUGUCCUUCUCUCCCUCACUGUGUUCCUGCUGGUCAUCACUGAGACCAUCCCUUCAACAUCUCUUGUCAUCCCUCUGAUUGGCGAGUACCUUCUCUUCACCAUGAUUUUUGUCACACUCAGCAUCGUCAUCACUGUCUUUGUAUUAAAUGUCCACUACCGCACCCCUAUGACUCACACAAUGCCAGAGUGGGUGAGAGCUGUGUUCCUUGGCGUGUUGCCCAGGGUAAUGCUGAUGAGGCGCCCUAUUGAUCAGGGCUGCUCCUCACCUGCCAGAAUUACAGGAGGGACAGGAGGAGGAAGCAGCAGUGGAAGCAAGAAGAGAAAAAACAGUAUAGGAGCAACAAGUAGCUCAGGAAGUGUAAGUGUUGGAGGCAUAACUGGGGGUGUAGCAUGUCCACCGCUGGAGAGUGGUGCAGGGGGAGGAGGAGGAGGAGGAGGAGGAAGUUCCUCAGCUGGUGGCUCAAUGAACUGUGUGGAAUAUGGUGAGAUGAACCGUGACAUGAAACGGGAUAUGAACAGAAGGUUCCCCUACAGAGGCAAAGAAGUACCGACUCCUGUUCCACCCCCGGUGGUGCCACCGCCACCACCACCACCUCCUCCGCAGCCACCUCAGACCCAAGGGCCCCAGGAGUCAGAGCUGCCCAAGCUGCCGAGGCCCAUUAAUGCUUCAUCGCCGGUGAAUGCUGUUGUCGCCUUUUCUGUGGUGUCUCCAGAAAUCAAGCAGGCCAUUGAGAGUGUAAAGUACAUCGCAGAGAACAUGAGGACCCGCAACAAAGCCAAAGAGGUGGAAGAUGACUGGAAAUACGUUGCCAUGGUCAUCGACAGGAUUUUCCUGUGGGUGUUUGUGACAGUGUGCGUGCUGGGAACUCUGGGACUCUUCCUCCAUCCCCUCAUCAGCUUCUUGAAAUGAACCACGCCUCUUUGGCCUCACUUGUCUACUUCUGUCUGUCUCUUUUCCCCACUUCAGUUACUUCAGGAAUUAUCCCCCUUGCAGCUCUUUCUUGUCUUUCAUGGGUGCCGUUGACCUCCUUUUCCAGCUUUUUGUUUCUAUCCGUCUCUUCCUCUUCGCUGGGACUCCCAUCAUCAGCCAUCACUUCUAGCACUCAGCUGUCUGUUUCCUCACAUGACUUACCCAGAUACUCUCCUCUCUCUUAUUUUUCUAUGUGCAAGUGAUGCUAUCUGGUCUCACUCAUUUUUUAAAAGCCUUAUUUACACAUCUGCUCUUCUUUCUUUGUUUUCCAUCACUGUGGACAGCUUGUCUUUUCAUGGUCAUCCUUUGUUUCUAUUUGAGGUUGCAUUUCUACCAUCCUGUGUUUUACUGAAAAUGCCUGCUCAGUUAUUAUUGUUGUACAGUCUUGUACAAAAUUGUCAGGUAAUUGUUUAAGUAAAAAUUGUAAUUAUCAUAGAGCAGUGAUUCUCAAAUUCAGGCCUUGUGGCCCAGUGUCCUGCAGAUUUUAGAUGUGUCCAUGAUCCAACACACUCGAAUCAAAUGGCUGAAUUAUCUCCUCAGUACGCAGUCAAGUUCUCCAGAGUCCUGCUAAUGACUUCUAUAUUUGAUUCAGGUGUGUUGGAUUAGGGACACAUUGGGCCACGAGUCCUGGAUUUGAGAAUCACUGCUAUAGAGGAACAUCUAAGAAUAUGAAUAAUUAAAAAAAAAAGCCUGAAUAACUUUUCAGUAGCCAUUGUAAAUCAAUGCAAUAAAGAGUAUUAAGACAUGUGCACAAUAUGACCUUUAACAGUUACUGCAGUUUGUGCUUACUUGUUGUCAAAUAGCAGCAAUCAUCUGUAUUUUUCCCAGUAAAUACCUUUGUACAAUACAGUAGAAGUGUCCUAUGCAUGGAUUUGGAAAAUGACACUGACUAUAGCUGCACACCUUUUAAUGUAUGAUUAUGCACCAAAUUUCACAGCAUCAGUGAAAAUUUUACAUUGUAUAGACACACUUUGACUUGCACAAUGUAGAUUAAAUGCAUAAAAAUAUU